AUGGGUCCCGCCGCCUACAUCCCUGUGACCCAGCGUCUCGUGCAGGGUCGCUCACACACCAGGGCCCUCGCCACCAGGGCAGAGGAGCUGCCGAGGGCCGGUAGGAAGCCAGGAGCCCCGCGCUGGUCCCCAUGCGGCUCGCAGCCUGGUGGAGGGAUGUCCCAGCCGCGUCUCCUCAGCCUCCUGCUGCUGCUGCUCUGCUGCCAGGGCCCCUCUGCCCAGAUCACGGAUUUCCUCUUCGAGAGCUGGAAGGCGUACAGCGAGGAGUGCCACCGCAACAUGAGCAGCCUGCCCGCGCCCACAGAGCUGGUCUGUAACCGCACCUUCGACAAGUUCUCCUGCUGGCCCGACACGCUGCCCAACAGCACCACCAGCGUCCCCUGCCCCUGGUUCCUGCCCUGGUACCAGAAAGUGAAGCACAGACACGUCUUCAAGACCUGCGGGCCGGACGGGCAGUGGGUGACAGGUCCCCGGGGACAGUCCCUGCGCGAUGCCACACAGUGUGAGCUCGACGCUGAGGACCUGGAGGCGCAGGAAAAAUUUGCCAAGACCUACGGCAGCUUCAAGGUGAUGUACACCGUGGGCUACUCAGUGUCACUGUGUGCGCUGCUCCUCGCCCUGGCCCUGCUGCUGGGCUUCAGCAAGCUGCACUGCAUGAGGAACUACAUCCACAUGAACCUCUUCGCCUCCUUCAUCCUGAAGGGCGUCUCCGUGCUGGUCAUCGACGCCCUGCUCAAGACCCACUACAGCGACAAGAUCGAUGACUACAACGUGCACAUCUGGCUGAGCGACGAGGCGGCCGCGGGCUGCCGGGCAGCCACGGUCUUCAUGCAGUACGGCAUCGUGGCCAACUACUGCUGGCUGCUGGUGGAGGGCAUCUACCUGCACAACCUCCUGGUGGUGGCCGUCUUCUCCGAGAGGAGCUACUUCACCCUCUACCUGUGCAUCGGUUGGGGGGCGCCUGUGCUGUUCCUCAUCCCCUGGGUCAUCGUGAAGUUCCUCUACGAAAACAUCCAGUGCUGGACCACCAACAACAACAUGGGUUUCUGGUGGAUCCUUCGCUUCCCCGUGUUCCUGGCCAUCCUGAUCAACUUCUUCAUCUUCAUCCGCAUCAUCCAGAUCCUCGUCUCCAAGCUCCGCGCACACCAGAUGCGCUACACCGACUACAAGUUCAGGCUGGCCAAGUCCACGCUGACGCUGAUCCCACUGCUGGGCAUCCACGAGGUGGUCUUCGCCUUCGUCACGGAUGAGCAUGCCCAGGGCACCCUGCGCUAUGUCAAGCUCUUCUUUGACCUCUUCCUGAGCUCCUUCCAGGGGAUGCUGGUGGCCAUCCUCUACUGCUUCGUCAACAAGGAGGUGCAGGCAGAGCUGCUGAAGAGGUGGCAGCGUUGGAAGCUGGGGAAGGACCUGGCGGAGGAGUACAAGCACACCUACAGCCACGCGCCCAGUGCCCGCAACGGUGCCGGCAGCGCCUGCGAGAAGCAUCAGCUGGUGAGUGGCUGUGCCAACGGGCUGGGGCGCAGCCCAGCCGCCACGCGCCCCGGCACCCACUACCUCGAGAGGACCAGCCGCAGCACCACUGAGCACCUCGCCCUGGGGGACCGGCACCACUGCUACGAGUUCCCCGAGACCACAGCCGAGAGCCACUUCUGA